AAUCAGCUAAAAGUCUGCUCAGAUUUUAAACAUAUUAUGAGGAAUAUAGCAACAGCAAAAUGAUACAUCUAUAAAAUUGAUAAAUAAGGUCUCUUAAUUAGUAUUACUCCUCUGAAGAAAUAUUUAUCACCGAAUAUAUUAUUCCAAUGCCUAACAACUAAGGAUCGACUAACUUCACUAGGUCAAGAUUCGACGGAACGAUGUGUGCAAAUUCAACCUGACUAUCUGCAUAAUGUUUAAAACACAGGUGGUCGUGUUCAGUAGAAAAAUCUGAUGUUAUUUUAAAAGAACGGACAUUGAUCAGAUCAUAUAUUUAUUUACAAACGCAUAGAUAAUUCAGUAGGAGCCUGCUUAUUCAAAUAUGACUUCCAGGAAAUUAUUUUCUACAUUUUGGAAUAAAAGAUUAAGCGUAAAUGUUUUAAAUAAACAAUCCGUUGGAUGUUAUUCAACGAUGUCUGCUCAGAGACAAUAUAUCCCACGUAGAACAUUGAUGUAUGUUCCUGGGCAUGAUUUGAAGAAAUUACGGAAAAUUCCACAGCUGAACACAGAUUGCGCUGUUUUAGAAUGUGAAGAUGGUGUGGCUUUAAGUAAAAAGGCAGAAGCAAGAGCGAACAUAUGUCAGAUAUUAGAGGAAAUAGAUUUUGGUCCGACAGAUUGCGCUGUCCGUGUUAAUUCAGUUUCCAGUGGACUCAUAGAGGAAGAUUUAAAAAUAAUUCUGUCUGCUAAAAAACUACCACAGACUGUUUUAAUUCCUAAAGUUGAUAACGUAGAUGAAUUGAAUUACUUUACAGAAAUAAUGAAGAGAGAAAUAAAUAGAAGAAAAGAAACAAAUUAUCGGCCAUAUUUAAUUACGUUUAUUGAGAGUGGUCAAGCUGUUAUGAACAUGGUGGACAUUAUAAAAACAGGAUUACGAUUUUCAGAAGAAGGUGUUUAUCUGUUGGAUGGCGUAGUUUUUGGUUCUGAUGAUUUCUGUGCAGAUAUAGGUGCAACACGGACAUCAGAAGCUGGAGAGUUGAUUUACGCACGACAGAAAAUAGUGAUGACAGCGAAGGCUUUCCGACUUCAGGCCAUAGAUAUGGUAUCUAUAGAUAUAAAAGAUCAAGCCUCCCUAGAACGUCAAUCGUUAGAAGGAGCAAGAAUGGGAUAUACGGGAAAACAAAUAAUACAUCCCAGUCAAAUAGAUACAGUUAAUACAGCAUUUACUCCUAGUCAAGAUAAAAUAGAAUGGGCUACACAACUUAUAGAUGCCUUUAAUACACAUCAUCAAUCAGGACAGGGAGCGUUUACAUUUAGAGGAAGUAUGAUAGAUAUGCCAUUAGUUUUACAAGCCAGAAAUAUUCUACAACUUGUUAAUAAUAUUAAUAGAAAACAUUGAUAUAAUUAAUAUAAUAUUAAUACAAACAAGGGAAGGACACAGCUUGUCAAUAAUACACACAGAAAACUAUUGUAUUAAUAUUAUAAUAUACACAGAAAACAUUGAUAUAACUAUUAUAUAAUAUUAAUACAAUAGAGGGACACAGUGGCAGGGUUCUAGAUUUCAGCAAUCUGAAUAAAACAUAGAUCCUA